AUGAGUUUCUCAAUUACAUACACUGAGCUGGUCAGCAUAGCCAUACCACAGCGUGGGGUGGUAAAUUUCAAAGCCCUUCACCUGCUGCUCCAGGGUAUCCUGGAGCACAUCCACAUCGCUGACACCAGAAAGAUCCUUUCAGGGGACGAGGACUUCCUUCAAAGUUCACAGGUGAUCAUUGUGCCCAGAGAAGGAGAUGCCCAGCCCAUUGUGAACCCUAUGAAGAGACUCGGCAACAUCUUUGACAAUGUGAUAGACCGUCUCAACAAUAUAGAGAGCAAAAUGACCAUGAUUCAGAGCAUGCCCACCACCUCAGAGCUGCUGGAGGCCAGCUUCAGGACCAACCGGCCUGUGGAGGAAAUGUGGAACAUAAUCAAGCUCCAGAAGAGGGCCGAGGCCAACGAGGAAACCAUAGAAAAGGUUAUGAAGACCCUGCAGGAUUUGUUCACUGACUUUCAUAUAAUCAAGAAGAAUGUUGAAACGCUCCAGAGGGAUGUGGACAUGAUAAAGUACAUAUUUGAAAAGGUAAACCCAGAAAGGAUGGAUCUUGUCUGUGAAGACUUGAAAGCACAGAGCCGGAAGCUGGCUGCCCUGCAGCGGGAAGUGGUCCCCCUCCAGGAAAAAGUUCGUGCCCUUCCCCAUCCUGAGGAAAUAGUACUCUGGGGUACCCUCCAUGAGGCCAUGUUCACUCAGGAAGCACCUAAGCUGGAACUGGACAUGUGGAGGAGCACAACCUCUUUUCCAGAGUCUUCCUUGAGGCAGUUUGAGGAUGGAUCUUUGAAGACCAUGGCAGAUUCAGGAGUACUUGGGGAGGAUGAGUACAUUCAGGCCAGUGGCUCGCAGGCUCAGUAUGGCCCUCUGUUUGCAUUUGGGUCCAGGUCUAGACAAGAGCCAGCAAAACGUAUUGGAAAGCCUGGUUCCAGGCCAGUCCAGUGGGCUAAGCCUAAACCGGCUGCCCCAGGUGCAUUGCCCUUAUUACCAAGAGGCACUCCUGAGGAGAGUGGUGGGCCUGUGUGGGAUAUGGGUGCCUUCCAGCCUAGCCUAGGUCCUGAGGGCCAAAUUGACAGGGCUGCUUUCCCAGCCAUGGAAGUUGGACCGUCAAGGCCUCAGCCAUUACCACAACAGGAGGUUCCUCAAACAGAUACCCACCGGCUUUCAGACCAUGAAGAGAGAGGAAAUGAAUAUGAUGAUGACUACAUGAGAGACUCUCAGGAAGAGGUCCCGAAGGAUGGGACUUCCCAGGAUGGGAGUCCCAAGAAAGGGGCUCCUUGGGAUGGGAGUCCCAAGGAAGGGGCUCCUCGGGAUGGGAUUGCCACGGAAGGGGUUCCCCGGGAUGAGAUUGCCGAGGAAAAGGUUCCGCGGGAUAGGAUUGCCAAGGAAGGGGCUCCCCGGGAUGGGAGUCGCAAGGAAGGGGCUCCCCGGGAUGGCAUUUCCAAGGAAGGGGCUCCCCGGGAUGGGAGUCCCAAGGAAGGGGCUCCCCGGGAUGGCAUUUCCAAGGAAGGGGCUCCCUGGGAUGGCAUUUCCAAGGAAGGGGCUCCCCAGGAUGGCAUUUCCAAGGAGAGGGCUUCCCGAGAUGGGAUUGCCAAGGAAAGGGCUCCCCGGGGUGGGAUUGCCAAGGAAGGAGCUCCCCGGGAUGGGAUUGCCAAGGAAGGGGCUCCUCGGGAUGGGAUUCCCAAGAAAGGGGCUCCCUGGGAUAGGACUCCCAAGAGUCCCAAGGAAGGGUCUCCCCGGGAUGGGAGUCCCAAGGAAGGAUCUCCCCGGGAUGAAAGUUCCAAGCAAGGGGCUCCUCGGGAUGGGAGUCCCAAAGAAGAAGCUCCCCGGGAUGGGAUUUCCAAGGAAAGGGCUCCCCGGGAUGGGAUUGCCAAGGAAGGGGCUCCCCGGGAUGGGAGUCCCAAGGAAGAGGCUCCCCGGGAUGGGAUUUCCAAGGAAAGGGCUCCCCGGGAUGGGAUUGCCAAGGAAGGGGCUCCCCGGGAUGAGAGCCCCAAGAAAGGGGCUUCCCGAACUGGGAUUGCCAAGGAAGGAGCUCCCCGGGAUGGGAUUCCCAAGGAAGGUGCUCCCCGGGAUGAGAGCCCCAAGAAAGGGGCUUCCCGAACUGGGAUUUCCAAGGAGGGGGCUCCUCGGGAUGAGAGCCCCAAGAAAGGGGCUUCCCGAACUGGGAUUUCCAAGGAAGGGGCUCCCCGGGAUGAGAGCCCCAAGAAAGGGGCUUCUCGAACUGGGAUUGCCAAGGAAGGAGCUGCCCGGGAUGGGAGUCCCAAGAAAGGGGCUUCCCGAACUGGGAUUUCCAAGGAAGGGGCUGCCCGGGAUGAGAGCCCCAAGAAAGGGUCUUCCCGAACUGGGAUUGCCAAGGAAGGAGCUCUUCGGGUUGGGAUUUCCAAGGAAGGGUCUCCCAGGGCUGGGAUUGCCAAGGAAGGGGCUUCCUGGGAUGGGAUUGCCAAAGAAGGGUCUUCCCGGACUGGGAUUGCCAAAGAAGGGGCUCCCCAGGAAAAGAGUCCCAGGGAAGGGGCUCUCCGGGUUGCAAUUUCCAAGGAAGGUAUGUCUCCCCGGGAUAGGAGUCCCAGGGAAGGGCCUUCCCAGACUGGGAUUCCCAAGGAAGGGGCUUCCCAGACUGGGAUUUCCAAAGAAGGGUCUCCCCAGGGUGGGAUUGCCAAGGAAGUGGCUCCCCGGGAUGGAAUUCCCAAGGAAGGGGCUCCCCUGGAUGGGAUUGCCAAGGAAGGGGCUCCCCGAGAUGGGAUUCCCAAGGAAGGGGCUCCCCGGGAUGGGAUUCCCAAGGAGGGGGCUCCCCAGGAUGGGAUUCCCAAGGAAGUGGCUUCCUGGGGUUGGAUUCCCAAGGAAAGGGCUCCCAGGGAUGGGACUUCCAAGGAAGGGGCUCCCUGGGUUGGGAUUCCCAAGGAUAAAACUCCCCAACAUAGAGCCCCCACUGAUAAAGCUCCCCAACAUGGAGCCUCUAGGGAUGGGACUCCCCAAGACAGAGUCACCAAAGAUGAGGCUCCCAAAGCCAGAGCCCUCAAAGACAUGCUCUACAAAUAUAAAGCCCAGAAGGACAAAACCCCAGAAGAACGACCUAAGAGCCCUUCAUCUAAUGUAAAUAAACUCAGGUCCGCUCUUGCCGCAGCUGCAGCAAACACAGCAGUCCAGGCAGCCAAAGCUGCUGCCAAGUCAAUCAAGGAUGUUCCCGAAAGCAAAAUGUCUGUCAAAGCAGUACACGAGGCAGCAUCAGGGCCUUUAGGGACCAUCGCAGACCUCCUGAGUGCAGGAACUAGCUAUGGGGCCGCCAGCGUCAUACCCUUCAAUGAGGACGAGCUGGAGGACUUUCUUGAGGGGUUUGCAGGAGUCUUUCCCCACAGCACAUCCAAAUCAUCCUUGUCCCAGGCCAUGUUGAGGGCCAAGCAGGCUGUAAGUCCUGAAGAGAAGAAAAGGGCUGUCCAGUACUCCAUGAGCUACAUAGCCCAGAUGCCUGUCAAACACGACUCCCUGAAGGAGGAGUUUGUCCAGAUGUCAAACAGCGUGAACCAGCGCUUGAAUUACUUAGCCAACAUGGGAAGCUUUGGCAAGCUUGGUAGCACAGUGAGUGUGCUGGAAGACAAGAUUAUCGGCCUACAGAAGGCCAGGCUACAGGAAGAAGAACUUGAGAGAAUUUGGGGUCACCAGAUUGAGUCCAUGAAGAAUCACCACAUGGUGCUGGACAGGAUGGUGGAGAGUCUCCAGCUUUCAGUGGAUAACUUAAAGAACUUCAAGACUGACAUGGAAAGGCUGGAUCUGACUAAGGCAGAUAAAAGCAUGCUGUAUGACGAGCUGAAAGAAAAAGCUGACAAGGAUAACUUGGCAAGCAAGGCAAACCGGUCAGACCUGGAGAUGGUGGCACUGGAGCUGAAUGGACUGGUUCAGAGUAUGCUCUUGAAGAUCACAAGCCAGGAGGAUGACUGGAAGAAGUCUCUGAAACAUCUCAGGAGGGACUUAAAUACUAAGCUAGUCCACAGUGAUCUGAACAACCUGAAGAAGGACAUAGAGGAGGUCUGGAUGGUGGUCCGGAAGCUUCUGUUGGAAGGCCUGCGAUUCGACCCCGACAGUGCUGCAGGCUUUAAGAAGAAGCUGUUUGAGCGGGUGAAGUGCAUCUCCUGUGAUCGACCCGUAGAGAUGAUGACCGGCCCACAGUUGAUCACCAUCCGCAAUGCCCCUGGGCUAUCACGAGUGAGGCCAGCCAGUGCCAACAGUUUCGAUUAUCUGCAGCGGCAGCUGAUGAGGGAACAGAAGCAGCAGCUGCAUUUCCAGAACUUUGGAGUCCGUGAGGAGCUGGGCCUCCAGAAGGACUGGGGUGAUGGGCCCCGAAAUGAGACUACCUUCAAGCACAAGUCACAUGAGCUGUCAACACUCUACCCUUAUGGGGAUCCUCAGCUGAUCGACUAUGACUCUGCAGAGGUGGACAUCCUGGGAGUGGAUGGAGUCCUGUACAAAGGCCGAAUGAGCAGCCAAUUUGGGGCUCGGAUUGGGGAGAAGGACCUGUCAGCUGUGAAGGUUUCGUGUCCCUUGGUUCAAAACAUGAAUGAUCGCGUGCGCCCGGGAUCCUUACUUGCUCCAAGCUACCCCCCCUUGGGCCUCCGCAACAACAUGACCUCUGCCACCUCUCUCCAUUCUGCCACAACGCUGGCUCGGCCGCCAUCCCUGCCACCAUUACCACAGCUACCACCACUGAUCCCAGUCUCAAGGGAUAUCCAAGAGAGCACUGGAUCCACCAAGCACUUGAAACCUCUGCGGCUGGAGCACACCAACCCGUGAGACCUAAGCCUGUGGCCCAAUUACCGUGGGGUCCCCUCGCUCUAAGAGACCUAGUCCCUGGAACAGAUCUAGGAAAGGGCGCAGGGAUCCCGGAUAUAGGAGAAGGGUCUGCAUAGAGGACCCGUGUUGAUUUAGUGUUUAAUUGUGUAUCUAAAAUAAAAACCAUACAAUCCUUCCUA